CGCCGGUUCUUGGGUUGUCGGCCGCAGGGUCCAUUGUAAAUCAUACUUAGAAGGUACAACAGCUCGUUUAAGCAGUUUGUGAGCCGGCGCCCGACCGGAGCGGCGCCAAGAUGCGCGCCCUGGCCACACUCCUGCUGGUCGCCGCCGUCGCCGCCGCUGGGGCCGACGGCGAGGCCGAGGAGCCCGUCGACAAGAGCGUCUUUAAGGCUCGCAUCGAGAGCUGCGGAGGAUGACGUUUGAAUCGGCUCCCCGAGGUGAAGAAAUUCAUCUACGAGGACAUCCCUUUCUUUCACAACGUCAUCUUCAAAGCGGUGCCCGGUGCGCCGCCUGAAGUCGUUUUGCUCAACAGACUGGACCAGGAAGUGGAGCGGAUCGACCUCUCCAAGCUCAACCGCAAGGAGUGCAACGCACUGCUGGUGAAGAAGGGCUUUUUCCGGCGCAAGAGCCGCUCGGACGAGGUGCCCGAAGAGUACCAGGAGGGGCCGUACGCGCCGCACGAGGAACUGUGAACGGCGCGCGCUGAGCGGCCGCCGGGCCGGACCGGCCGCGCCCGUCCGCUGUCGCCGCCCGAUGACGCCCCGCCCUCAAAGGCAGCCGCCUGGGACGGGGCCGAUGCUGCGGCGGCGCGGGCGAGGGUCGGUCGGGCCAGUCCGGCGCCCCGCGACGGGAAGA